CCCUCUUCAAGCUUUUCACUCUGCCUUCAAAAAGCACAUUCUAUUCGAAGCGCCGCAAAGACAGGCAUAUUUCGUUCGGUCAUCGCCUCGUGCACCUUCACCCGCAGGGUUGAGGUUCCAUCAUCAGGUCUCUCUUCCGUCGUUCUCGAUUGCAACAGAAGGUCCACCCCACCACAACCCAACUUCGCCAUCCGUACGUGGAUCUGCAAGAGCAGAAGUGCAGGCACAUCUCCCACGUCAUGGAUAGCCAGUUCUCCGAUGGCUCACUCCUUUUGGAGUUUGAAUAUGACGAUCUUGAUAGCCUCUUCUGUCAAGUACCGGCCCCCCACAUGAACAACAGACCUGACGGCGGCCCAUACUGCUUUGACAGUCUUGCGUCGACCCAAGAGGUUGUUGAGAGAAACCCCACCUGUGCGAUGAGGGCUGGAGAUUCCGCGAUUGGUGCUUGUAUAAGACCCGGCAAUGCUAGAGAUGAUGGACCUGGAUAUGGCAUCUCCUCCUUGGGAGUUGACACGAGCUACCUAACACCACCCUUAUUACAGUCGUCACUGUAUCCGGCUAAUACCACUGGAAUCUCCUUCGCUAUGGAUGAGUGGAGUCCCAAUUACCCUGAUCUUGAUACCAUGGAACCUAUUACAGUCUCCCACUCACAGCACAGCCUUGAGCCUCUAUCCACCGAAUAUAUCCAUUCCACUAUAAGGCCUGCUAAUUUUAGUAGCCUAAGCGACCCUUUUUUCUGGAACCGUGAAGAACCAUCCAUCCAACGAGAUUUAAAUGACUCCGUCGGGAUUGGAAAUUCGUCUCUCGAUGCCGAAGACAAUUCGUCACCUGCCAACAAUUUCAACAUAGUCUUCGGUUAUGAAACGUCUGAAACGCAUGGUAUGCCCUCGAACGGAUACUUCAUAGCGCAAUCAGAACAAUUCUCACUACAGUCAGAAUUCAACAGCAUCAGUAACGCCAACCAUCAUCAAUCGUUGGACCUGGUAUUUGGAUCAGGUGGAACAUGGCAAUCAAUGCUACCACCGCGUAUCCCAGCUAACAACCAAUUUGAGCACGACACAACAGAUCGAUGCCCUCAGAUUCACACGACAACAGAGUCACACCCAACGGUUCCUUUCCCCGUCUCAAUUGCGACUCCCACAGUCUCUGAGUCAAGUUCUUCAACUGCAAAGCACGAUGUCCUUCUGAAGAACAGCUUAACGGUAUUACCGACGUUACUGAGACCCCAACCUCUCUCACAUCCUCCCGAGGCGUUGAUGACUAGCUUCGAAAGUUCCCAAGUGGAACUAUCAAGCUCGAGAGGUAAAAGGGCUUAUACAACUGAGGCGAGAAAGAAAGUCAGCCAAGUAAGAAAGAAAGGAGCAUGCUUGAGGUGUCGGAUACGUAAGAUUGCAUGUUCCGCGGACGACGAAAUAUGUAGCCGUUGUCAGAAUGUGACCAACACUCCUGGAAUUGCACAGCGAAUCUGUGUUCGACAGAAAUUGAUAGACGUCUUUAUCAGUCAUUCUAGUAUUUAUGAAAUGAUUCUGGAGUCGCAGGACCGUAACUCCAGAGCGAUAAAUCUUCUUCCUGGCCAGACUGAACAAAGGUUCUUCAGAAUGGAGACGAUGGGUUUGGACUCUUCUACACUAGCCAUCACCGCCACACGAUACGAGCGCGUUUGCCCCUCUUUAGGUCUCUCGGGCUCGUACACGAUCCUAGUACCUUCUUGGCACGGGGCAUCGAAUGAUCAACGGGCAAUUUCUCCUAUCUCCCUUCCCACGAUCGAGGAGCUAGAUGAUUUUGCUAGAUCAGGCACCUGCAAAGUACAUGAUCCAUUCCUCAGCUACGACUUACAUCACAAAAUCGAUCGCUUACUACUUCUGUGCUGCGAGCGUGAACGCCAAUCCCCAGUCGGCAGACUUGUUAACGCAACCCUGAGGGUUGUGAAUCUGCGGAGCUUUUUGAUGCACAGCCUAGUGCAUGCCCUCAAUACCAAACAGGAUGACUCGGACGGCUCCGCUUCCCGGUUCCAGUCUACCUACGUCGACCCUGUGCUCAACAUGCAAAUUCGAACCAUUGCCCUCGCCGGCAUAGCCAAGUCCGAAAGAUUCCUGUUCUCCCAAUUCAACGAUCUCUCUCGUAUCCUUGCCCUCGACGAAUCUAGCCUGAUGUUAGCCAAAACCUGCUUGCUGAGAUUGAUGUUGAUAUACCGCAACGAUGUCUUGCUAUGCCAGAGAAGCGUAAUGAUUCCAACCAAAUCCCGAGUGAUAUUUGCAAACCGGCUCAAGAAAGUCAAGUUCAUGUACCAUCUUGCAGCAGCCACUUAUGGCACACUCUCUGAGAGGGUUUCGUCGUGUGUACCCUUCGAAUGGAAACUCGAUGCCUACGAGAAAUAUUCGGGACAUGAUGGCUCUGCUGAAGGUUUUGAGAAGGCGGUCAAGGAGCUUAGUGUUGCUUACACGACUUUCUGUGAACAUGAAUUGCUGCCAGAAGAUGGAAUUUUCAAUUUUUUUGUCAUGGAGUCUGGUAGGAAGGUCGGAAGAACUUGAAUCAGGAUAAUAGUCCUUGAUUCGAUCUUGGUAUCUCGAUAUGAACACUUUUAAUUCUCAUCUUCUGACUUGAGCUAUGAGCUAUAAUUGAGCAAAUUUAGGAUAUAUAUUGAUUUAUG